GCUGUACGUGUUGACGAGCAGUCUAAGUAUGGAUCUAAAACAAGAUUUAGGCUCCCACCAAUGAUUAGAUUAGUCUGCGAAAUGUCAGGUAUUUGGGCUAAAACAUGUUUGUAAAAAAGUGGAGAGUUUAUGUUGGGGCCAUAUAUAUUAACCAGAGUUACAGGAACAGAGUACAAUUCUCCAACUAAUAUUAAAUAUGUGCCUUCCCUGUUGAAUAUGGUUGAUUUAUGGGUAAAAGGUGUACCUUUUUUGAAUAAUAUUGCCAAGCCUCUAGCUCUCACUGCACAAGUAGAAUGAUAAGCUUGUUCUGUCCACCUGCAUCUCAGUUUUAUGUGCUCAUUCUUAUUAAGGUGGGUUUCCUGAAGGAAAAUUACAUCACUGGACAAUGUUUUUAGGUGUGCUAAUAUCUUACCCCUCUUAACAGGAUUAUUCAAACCUUUAACAUUCCAUGUGACCAAGGUAACUUGUCUGCCCUUCUUUGUUUGUGUUGUAUUAACCUGCAUAACUCAGAUUAGAAUAAAAAAGAAAAUAGAAGUCCUCAUAAGUGUGAAAGAGAUGAUUAUACAUCAUAUAUAAGUCCCAGCCCAACCCAAACAAAAUACUUACUGUCUUGCCUAUACUAAGAAGAACCUGCAAAGUAAGGCGCGACCCCUCUAAGGAAGUUAUAAAGAAAAGGAUAAACAGAAAAAAUGAAUUAAGAGUAACACUCACACAACAAAGACACAUUAACCUACUCAACUAAUAGCUUCCCUUACUACUAACUUCUAAUUAGAAGUUGAAAAAAGCUCUGCAAAAAUAUAAAAUUCAAGCACCAAACUAACAUCUGAGCGGCUGAAAAGAAAAGAUCUGAAAAACAUGUCAGGUUAUGUAAGCUGCCUAUUUAUAAAUAUCAGCCCACUUCAAAUUGUCAACGAAACUUAAGGCAGCUAAUUAUGUAACCAAGAUGAAGAUUCUAAACAUUAUAUAAACAUCACAGGACAGUCCAACAUUGAGUACUACCAGAAUCCAGCCACUCCACAUCAGGUGUCCGCCACAGGGUCGCCUGCGUCGCCUCCACCCAUACCAAAAUGGAGCUCCGCGAACUUCUGGGCUUCCUUCGCGUCUGUAAACAUUGUUUCUGUUCCUCUGAAAGUCACUUUCAGCUUUGCAGGAUAUAAAAGUCCAUACCGAACUCCCGGCUUGUCCCGAAGAAGUGCUCUGACACCGUUGAAUGCAGCUCUGCGUUUCGCGAUCUCGGGGGUGAAGUCGGGAAAGAUGUGGAUCUUCUGACCGCGGUAGGCGAGGUCCCUCUGAGUCAUGGCCUUCCGCAGGAUCAUUGUAACGUCGCGGUAAUAAUGGAGUCUCGCCACCAACGCCCGAGGAGGUCCUGUGUCUUCUGGACGCCUUCGUAUAGCUCAGUGAGCGCGGUCCACCAGCGGUCACCAAGAUGCAGCUUGUCUCCUUGCUUGGACUGUUUCUCUGGUUGUUUUAUAUCAGCGAUGUGGGGGCAGCGACUUUUAAACUGGCCCUGGUUGGCCCUUGGUCCUGUGACCCCCUGUUCUCCAGAGCAAUGCCAGUAGCUGCGGCUAACCUAGCAUUAUCACGGCUAAGAAGUGACAGCUACAUGAGCAGAGGAUACUGGUACGAUGUGAAGCUGCUCAACGAGGACUGCUCUGUGUCCAAAGCGUUGGCUGAGUUGGGGGAAAUGGAGGGUUAUGGUCACGCUUACAUCGGACCUUUCAACCCGACCCUCUGCCACGCAGCGUCCUUGUUCACCCAGCACUGGGAGGCAGGGCUUGCUUCUCCAGGUUGUCUGGAUGAUGACUGGCUGAACCUGCCCCCCGUAACGCCUCCUAUUAAGGUCCUCAAAACUGUCCUAAGAUUCUUCCGCUGGGCUCACGUUGCAGUCAUUUCAGCCCCAACUGAUCUCUGGGAAAGCACUGGAGAAGAAGUAGCCUCUGCACUCCGGGCUGUGGGCUUGCCAAUUGCUCCUGUGGUUUCUAUGGAAACAAACAAAGGCGGGGCUCGGGAGGCGCUGAACGAAAUCAGGCAGUCCGACAAAGUCAAAGUGAUCAUCAUGUGUAUGAGUUCCAUCCUGAUUGGUGGAGAGCACCAGAGGGAACUCCUGCUGGAGGCUCUAGAAAUGGGGAUGAUCGCUGAUGGUUACGUCUUCAUUCCAUACGACACCUUGCUGUACGCCAUGCCUUACCAGGACACAACAUUCCCUCUGCUGACCAACAACACCAAGCUGCAGCAUGCCUACAGCGCCGUGCUGACCGUUACCAUGGCUUCUGAUGAGAGUUUCUAUGAAACCUUUCGCCAGGCUCAGAUCUCCAGAGAGAUCCGCUCCGCUAUCUCUGCCACAGAGGUGUCUCCACUGUUUGGGACCAUCUUUAAUAUGGUCUACUUUGUUGCUAAAGCCGUGGAAGAGCGUCGCCAGGCGGGUGGUGGACACUGGGUGACAGGAAAUCAGCUCUUUAGCUCAGAUGGAGGGUUUGAUUUCCAGGGCUUCAACCAGGUGUUAUACGGUGGUAGAGGAGGGUCUGGUCUUCGGGCCAAGUAUGUGGUGCUGGACAGCGAUGGCGACCGCCUUGUGCCCACACAUUCACUUGGACCGACACACAUCGACGGAACAGUCGGUGGUCUGAGACCUCUGAGCCGGUCCUUCUACUUCCCAGGAGGAAAACCUCCCAAAGCCAGUUUUUGUUGGUUCAGUCCAGAGGAAACUUGCAACGGAGGUGUGGAUGCAGUGACAAUGUUCUUCCUCUUCCUGCUGCUUUGUGGUCUCACUUCAGCUGCUUUCUUUUGGUUGAGGAAGUACAGGAGAACACCAAACGUCACCAAAUUAAUCCUGACCCUGGACGACAUUGUGUUUAUUGACACUCAAGUUAGUAAGAAGAAAUUAAAUGAUGAAUCCAUCAUGAGGAGUCUUUUGGAAAUAAAAACUCCUCUCCGCUCAAUAGCCAGAAGUUACAUCCUGACGUCACCGGAGAGUUCUAACAUUGGGAUAUUGGAGGGAGACUGGGUUUGGCUGAAGAAGAUUCCUGUUGGAAAGACAGCAACACCUGUCAACCAGAGUACCCAGAAUCUGUUCAGUCAGCUACGGGAGAUGCGCCAUGAGAACCUGAAUCUGUACCUGGGUUUGUUUGUGGAUUCAGGGAUCCUAGCCCUGGUGGUGGAGCACUGUCCCCGCGGCAGCCUGGCAGACCUGCUGGCUGACAGCGACGUCAGGCUGGACUGGAUGUUCAAGUCAUCGCUGCUCAUGGACCUCAUUAAGGCUGCUGUCUUCAUGUUCCAGGGAAUGAAGUAUCUUCAUCUGCGAGGGUUGACUCACGGUCGCCUCAAGUCCACAAAUUGCUUAGUGGACGGCCGAUUUGUGUUGAAAAUCACAGACUAUGGUCUACCCAUGAUCCUUCAGUCUCAAGGUGUCAGUCUGUCUGACGAUCCACAAGAUCUUCUGUGGACAGCUCCUGAACUUCUGAGGAAUUCAGAACAAGCCGGUUCUUUUGCCGGAGAUGUCUUUAGUUUUUCCAUCAUCAUACAGGAAGUGAUCUCACGGACACUUCCCUACGCCAUGAUGGACAUGCCUGCUCAGGAGAUUGUGGAGCGUCUGAAGAUGCCCCCUCCUCUUUGUAGGCCUCUUGUUUCAGUGGAUGAAGCUCCUGCUGAGUGUCUCAAUCUGAUGAAUGAAUGUUGGAACGAAGAUCCGAGCAAGCGACCCAACUUUGACGAAAUUUUUAAGCAGUUCCGGGGCAUCAGCAGAGGGAAGAAGGCUAAUAUCAUUGACUCCAUGCUGCGGAUGCUGGAGCAGUACAGCUCCAACCUGGAGGAUCUGAUCAGGGAGCGAACAGAUGAGCUGGAGGUUGAGAGGACCAAAACGGAUAAGUUAAUUGGACAGCUUUUACCAAAAUCUGUGGCUCAGGCCUUGAAGAAGGGGAAGCCUGUCCAGCCUGAACACUACUCAGACUGCACACUUUACUUCAGCGACAUCGUCGGAUUUACAACCAUCUCAGCUCUAAGUGAACCCAUUGAGGUGGUCGACUUGCUUAAUGACCUUUACACCAUGUUUGAUGCCAUCAUUGCUACUCAUGAUGUCUACAAAGUGGAGACUAUUGGGGACGCUUACAUGGUGGCUUCAGGCGUUCCUAAUAGAAAUGGGAAUCGGCACGCAGCUGAAGUGUCAAACAUGUCGCUUGACAUCCUUCAUUCAAUAGGAGCAUUUAAGAUCAAACAUAUGCCUGAAAUCAAAGUGAAAAUACGCAUUGGACUGCACUCAGGACCGGUGGUUGCAGGUGUGGUGGGACUGACCAUGCCCAGGUACUGUCUGUUUGGAGACACGGUGACCACAGCCUCCCACAUGGAGGCCAGCGGCCUGCCUUACAGGAUCCACAUCAGCCUUAGUACUGUCAAGGUUCUGACCAGUCUGAAAGUGGGAUAUCUCAUCGACACCAGAAAGGCACAGGUAAAGGGGACAGAGGACACAUACUGGCUGAUGGGUCGAGAGGGUUUCAACAAACCUCUUCCUCUUCCCCCUGAUCUUGCUGGAGGGGCCAGUAAUCACGGCAUAAGCCUCGAUGAGAUUCCUGUUGAGAGACGGCAAAAGUUUCUCGACCGACAGAACAAAAUGAAAAAAUAGACUAGCAAAGUUUUAUUGUAUGUAAAUGUCUGCAAAAAUCAGACAUAAAUUCAAGAUAUUGUAAAAAUAUCUUGAAAUAAGACAAAACUAACUUAAAGUAACUUUUCUGAAAGAAAUAGGAGCUUCUUUUAAGUCAAUAACUAACAUUUGUGGAGAAGUAUUGGUUCCAUUUGCAGAUUAUUUUACUUAUAAUAUGGGAAAAUGUCUUGUUGUAAGUGAAAUAAUCUGCUAAUGUAACUAGUACUUUUUCAUCAUUUUUAAUGAAAUCUUGACAUAAAGCAAUAAUCUUGCUAUCUUGCUGUAAAUGUUAUUUGUAAGUUAGUUUUGUCUUACUUCAAGUAUACUAAAAUAUUUGCACUGGAAACCAGUGUAAACACUAACCUUUCUUUGGGAUAUUAAAAUGAAUACUGCUCUUAGCCAAAGCAAGGAAAAAGAAAACUGUAAACUAGACUAUAAGAGUUUAUUGUGGAAAAGAUGAACUAAUCAAAGCCUAAACAAAACAUUCUACUAAAGCAGUAAAAUGUUCUUUGUACAAAAUCUCAGUGGCUAAAGAUUAUGGCUAAAUGUAACUUUUUCCUGUUGGCUGUUUGACAAGAUAUUUUUUGAUUUGAAGUACUUUAAAGUAAAUGGUCUGAUUAUAUAUGAAUUAUUUCAGUCAGAUACAGUUGAACCCAAAUUUAUUCAUGCCCCUUGCAGAUGUAGAUUUCCACUUAACCAAGAAGUGGACUUCUGAUAGCAAGUGAAACAGGCUUCUCUCAAAAGACAAUAAAACCAUGUAAAAAAAAAAAAAAA